AAUUUUUCAAAAUAAAUAUUUUUUUAUUAAUAGACUCUCACAAAAUAAUUAUUAAUGCUGAUUUUUUAUUAAAUAAAGUAAUAAUUAUCGAACCGAUUUAUAUCUGAAUAACACGCAAAUUAUUUUAAAUCAUCACUGAAAUGUCACGAUGUGCAGAUCGUUAUCAAAACAGCUGCCGGACCUGCUUAUGUGAGAAAUCAGAUGUUAUGUUUGAUAUAUUCGAUGAAAAUAAUUCAGUUGAUGUCUUAAAGAUCCUAUUGUCCUGCACUGCUAUUCAUAUAAACAGAGAUGAUGAAUUACCAAAAAGAAUUUGUAGGGAAUGCUACAAGUGCCUUAUUAUGUUUUAUGACUUUAAAAAUGCUGCAGAAGAUAUAGAUGAGCAGUUAAGAAAAGGCAGUAUAAGAACUUUAUAUGAAAAGUAUAAUAGUACAGAAUUAAAGAAUGAGGAUACAUCAAAUGAAGAUUUUUUUGACACAGAUGUAGCUAGUAAACAAGAAAUAAGACGAAUAGAUAUGAAAGAUGAAAAAUUAUGCAUUGACAUUAUACUUGAUGAAAAAUGUUCAGAUAUGGAUAUGCAAAACAACUCACAACUAAACAAUUGUGUUGAAAUAAAGACUUUGGAAAAUAACAAUACAACAACUGCUGAAAAAAUAAAUUCUGAAAAUAGUGUUAGCUUUAAUAAUAAAAAUAUUGUUUGCAAAGUUUGUAGUUUAGAAUUUAAGUCAAUAAAUUCUUUAUCAGCACAUAAACGUAAACAUACAGUUAAAGGUCGGGUAUUAGCCUGUUCAAUUUGCAGCAAAGUUUUUAAAAAGCUCAGCCAUUUAAAGAGGCAUGAAUCAAUUCACAAAGACAACCAUCCAUAUAAAUGUGUAAUGUGUACAAAAACAUUUGCCACUGAAAAUGUAUACAUGGAACAUUUAGAUAUGCAUAAAGGUAUACAUACCCACAUGUGUCCAUUAUGCCCAAAGACAUUCUCUUACUUAUCUACUCUGAAGCAACAUCUUAUCAUCCAUACAAAUAAAAGGGCAUACCUUUGUCCAACAUGCGGCAAAAAUUUUUAUUCAAGUACAAAUCUGGAUCAACAUAUGAGAAGACACAUGGGUUUGAAGACAUUUUCCUGCAAACUGUGCCCUAAACAAUUUGUGACUAAAGGUGAACUAAAGAACCAUACAAUUACACACACUGGUGAGCGGACAUAUGCCUGUGAUCAGUGUGGGGCAACAUUUACACACCGUAGUUCACUGAAAAAGCACAAUUUAAGACAUAUGGGUGUGAAGCCUUAUAAAUGUGACGCCUGUCCAAUGAGGUUUAUAAGCAAAGACCAUUUGAAGCGCCACAAACGAGUCCACACCGGAGAGAAGCCAUACCACUGCAAUAUUUGUGACAAGACAUUUACUCAGAGUAAUGAUCUGAUUAAACAUAGCAAAGCCCAUCUGGGUGAUAACAUUUAUAAGUGUGCAGAGUGCCCGGUUAGUUUUCGACUGAAAUCAGAAUUGCGUCAGCACUUAUCACAGCAUUACGUUACAUCACAAAUAAAUAAAUCGACAACCUGAA